UUGCCGAGUGUUCGCAGCAUCGCCCCUGCUAAAAGCCCGUCGUUCGCUCCAAUGCCGCCCAUUCAGACUCACGACCGCAGAAUGGAGCUCCCCCGGCGCAUUAGUAACCCACAGAACGCUCUCAAGCUAUUGUGGAUAGCCGCAUUUCUUCUUAGAUCGAAUUUAGCGAUCCCCGUUGCUGAUUCUCUUGCAAAAUGCGGCAGUAUUGGACGGCCUGUGAACGGUUUCCGCAGAGACAACUACGUCGUCAGAAGCAGCGAUCAAGGAUUUUUCGUGGGUUCUUCCGUCACAUUCGGAUGCAGACUGGGCUACAAGCUGCGGGGAGAGAGGGAUAUCGAGUGUAGGGAGAGCUCCACCGGAGAUGGUAGGGCCGAAUGGAGUGCCUCGCUUCCAAGAUGUGUCCCCUACCGCCGUUGGAGAGAGGAGAAGGCCGAAGCUCCGCAUGAGCUCGCUAGACGUACAACUGGUUGUACUGAUCUCGGAGACCCACGGAACGGAAUGAGAACACUGAUAGACGGACACACCUCGGGCUCUGUCGUCACAUUCGAAUGCAGCAGGGGCUACGAGCUGAUGGGUGCUCAAAGACUAACCUGCAGGCAGGGUUCCUGGGGCAGACCCUGGCCCCAGUGCUCGCCCUCCUCAGAGCUAGCAAUGUGUGGUGACCCUGGAAAGAUAUUUCGUGUGUUUGGCUGGAGGUUUGUUGAGGGUACGAGGGAAGGGGCCACGGUCACCUACUCCUGCGUCAAGGGACUUGUUCUGGUCGACGGAGACGAAGUCAGAACUUGUCUGUCUACUGGAGAGUGGUCUGGACAGCUGCCUCGAUGCACUGUUGUAAACUGCGAUCCUCCGGCGCAGCCACGCCAUGGGACUGUUAGCUUCCCCAACGUUGGCUACAGCUAUACUGCCACGUACAGCUGCGACUCUGGCCACAUUCUCGAGGGAGCCGGUGUAGUCACGUGCCAGGAAAACGGUCGCUGGAGCUCCGGACCACCAACCUGCAGAGGUGACAUGAGAGAGAGAGAGAGAGAGAGAGAGAGGAGAGAGAGAGAUGAAAUUUUAGCUGAUUAUGUCAAGACUUGCGCAACCCACACCCACGGCUCCGUAAGCCACGCCCGUCCACCCAUGUACCAGAGUAUGGCGACGUACCAGUGCAACACUGGCUACGGGUUGGUUGGAGCUGCCAGCAGUGAAUGUCUGGCCAACGGCUCCUGGUCAAACUCUCCUCCUACUUGUGAACCUAGUACCUGCUCGGAUAUUUCAGUGGGUCGGAAUGUAGAGGUGACCCAGACCAACAGAAACUUCGUCUACUCGGUCGCAAUUCACGCCUGCCACGAGGGGUACAGACUCCACGGUAACCAGAUAAGAGAGUGUCAACCGUCUGGCAUUUGGAGCGGUGGGCCACCUUCUUGCAUUCCCAUUGUAUGCCUUCCAAUCUACGCUCCAAACAAUGGGAACUUCAGUCUCUCUGAUAGAACGUGCUACAGAAGUGAAGCCGUCUACACUUGCAACGGAGGCUACAUCCUUAGCGGCGGGGACAUGAUCAGAACUUGCCAAGACACCAUGCUAUGGUCCGGGAGAGAGCCUUGCUGUGUCAGGGCAACUGUAGAGUGUCCGGUACUAACGGGGAUCCUCAGUGGGACGGUGGAGGUCGAGGAACCGCUGGAACCAGGGGCAGUGGCAACGUACAGCUGCAGCUCUGGCCACUCUCUCGGGGGAGGCACCAGAGAGAGGGUGUGUCUGGAGGGCGGAGUUUGGAGUGGGACGGAGCCACGCUGUGUCCCUGAUGUCACCCCAAUGUGUGAGGAGCUAUUUGCACCGGCGUUCGGAAGAGUGUCCGUCAGUGGUAGGGAAGUGGGCAGUACUGCAGAAUACUCCUGUAAUCCCGGUUACAUACGGUCCGGAGACCGUACCAGAACCUGCCUGAGUCCCGGAAUGUGGUCUGGGAAUGCGCCCACCUGCGAACCUGUCGAUUGCCGAGUGCUUUUACCACCUGCCAAUGGGUUUGUUGUUGUUGGCACGACAACACUGGGAUCUAUGGCAACGUACUCUUGCGACCCUUCGUUCAGGAUAGUGGGAACCGAUUCCAGAGAAUGUCAGGAGGAUGGAACUUGGAGUGGGGAAACCCCUACUUGUGAAGUUAUUGACUGUGGAAGCCUCAUGUCUCCUGAUAAUGGAACAGUUGAUCUCAGUGAGGGAAGUUUACUGGGUGCCAUGGCAACGUACUCUUGUGACCCUUCCUUUACACUGAUUGGAAUGAGCUCUAGAGUGUGUCAGGAAGAUGAAACGUGGAGCGGGGAAGCCCCUACUUGUAUAGCUAUUGAUUGCGGCGAGCUUGAUGGUCCAGCUGAUGGCAGAGUUGAUACAAGUCAGGGAAGCUUGUUAGGUGCAGAGGCAAUAUACACGUGCGGCCCUUCGUUUAGACUGGUUGGAACGAGCAUCAGACAGUGUCAGGAUAACGGGUCCUGGAGCGGGGAAGCCCCUACUUGUGAAGUUAUUGACUGUGGAAGCCUCAUGUCUCCUGAUAAUGGAGCAGUUAACGUCAGUGAAGGUAGUUUACUGGGUGCCAUGGCAACGUACUCUUGUGACCCUUCCUUUACACUGAUUGGAAUGAGCUCUAGAGUGUGUCAGGAAGAUGAAACGUGGAGCGGGGAAGACCCUACUUGUAUAGUUAUUGAUUGUGGAGGCCUUGAACCUCCUGAUAAUGGAGCAGUUGACGUCAGUGAAGGUAGUUUACUGGGUGCCAUGGCAACGUACUCUUGUGAUCCUCACAUUGUCUGUCCGGUUCUGGAAGACCCAGAGUUUGGCUCCGUCGUCUACGAGGGAGGAAGACGAGGGGUCGGCAGCGAUGCGACGUACGCCUGUCAGUCUCGGUACUCGAUUGUCGGCGACCCGGUCCGGAUCUGUCUGGGGACUGGGGAAUGGAGCGGACAGGCCCCCUCUUGUGAACUGUUGGAGUGCCCCGGUCUAGAAGACCCACCAAACGGCAUGGUAACGGUCAUGGACAACGUCCCCGGUAGUGUGGCGAUGUACAUCUGUGACUCUGGCUACAUGUUGAGCGCUCAGGGAGACCGGAACUGCGAGAGACUCGGAGAGAGAGACACCCAGUGGGGCGGAGUGCCACCUACGUGCACCCUCAUAAUGUGUCCGCUAUUGGAAGACCCAGACAACGGCCGAGUGACGACACCUCCGCCAUAUCCGGUCAACUCUACGGCGGUGUACGCAUGCAACAGGGGAUUCGAGUCGAGUAGUGGAUCCAUUCGCAGGGUUUGUAUGGCCGACGGAACAUGGAGCAGUACCGCACCGGUCUGCAUCAUGUCCAUCGUUGCCUGUCCAUCAAACCUUGGAGAUCCCGAGUUUGGUUCGGUGGCGAUUCGAGGCAACGCGACGCUCGGCUCCACGGCGCUGUACAGCUGUCAACUGGGUUACCAGGUGGUCGGAGAGCCGGAGAGACUCUGUCAGUUGAACGGGCUCAUUGGAGUGUGGGGUGGAGAGGAACCAACAUGCGAAGCUGUGAUGUGUCCUCAACUGGAAGAUCCAGUGGACGGGUUCCUGAGGAUCACGGGCCUUGCAGUCGGGGCAGAGACGGUCUAUUUCUGUGACUCUGGAUUCCAGAGAAGCGGACUUCUGAGGAGAGAGUGUCUCCCCACCGGGAACUGGAGUGGACAAGAUACUCUCUGCAAUCCUCUACCCGGGACAGCUUCUUGUGGCCGAUUAAACGAUCCCGAUCAAGGCACAGUUGCUUACGAAACAACUACCCCUGGCUCCGUGGCAACGUACUCUUGCAUUCUGGGAUAUGUGCCAGUGGGCGGAGCAAGAGAGAGACGUUGCCAGGACAACGGAACAUGGGACGGCACUCAACUUACCUGUGAUGCAAUUGACUGCGGCCCACUAUCGGACCCCGUAAACGGAAUGGUGUCAGUUUCUCUAGACACUACCCUGAAAGCUACAGCGAGAUACAACUGUGUUUCCGGCUACGAACUGACUGGGCUGUCGGGAGACGUUCGGUUCUGCACCGUGACGGGGGAGUGGUCCGAGACGGACCCAACAUGCGAACGGGUUGAUUGCGGGCCACUCUCUCCCCCCGUCAACGGAGUGGUGGACCAGUCUCGCGGUACAAGGUUCACGGACGAGACGUUGUACACGUGUCUGGAGGGGUACGUUCUCACCCCGUCAGAUUCCCAGAUCCGGAUCUGCACCGAGACAGGGCAGUGGAGCGGAUCUGACCCGACCUGUGACUUGAGCGAGAGUACGGUAGACUGUGGUUCCCCACCACUCCCACCAAACGCCAUGGUAACUCUACUCAACUCAUCGACUGGGCUACUGGCUCUGGCAGAGAUCUUUGUCGAGGGAUUGACUGUUGGAUCCAGCGUCACGUACCUCUGCAACCCGGGGUACACGAGGGUCGGUCUCCUCAGGAGAGUCUGUCAGAACAACGGAGAGUGGACCGGAGACGACACACGCUGCCUCCGCGUGGAAGACGUGACCUGUCCUCCGUUGACCCCACCCACAAACGGACUAAUUAGCGGAGGAGAGGGAGAGCAGCCCGUGGGUCGACGGCCUCGUACAGCUGUGACGAAGACUACUCUUUGGAGGGUUCACGGCAGCGUACGUGUCGCAGCGACGGACUUUGGAGCGGCAUGGAGCCAACGUGUGAACGUACGUAUACAGUGCCCAGAUCCAGGGGUACCUGAAGAUGGCCGAAGAAUCGGCGACAACUUUGAGAUCGGAGAAUCCGUUCUCUUUCUCUGCUUCGACGGUUUUGAGCCAGACGGAAUGAGUACGCUCAUCUGUCUUGCCAACGGAACGUGGAGCAAUCCGACGCCUACCUGCACCGUUCCCACUAGCGCUGGCUCACGAAGGAGAAGAGGGUCCUGCAGUGGCUCUAGUGAAGACGAGCAGCUCCCCACGCUGGGCGAGCGGUGCAGCUGCAUUGCCGGCCAGCUCGUAUCCUGCUGUCGUCUCCGACAGGAAUGGAGCCAGUUAUCCUCAGACCAGCAGGAGCACUACAUUGCAGCCGUCAGAACUGCAGCAAUGAACCCCCUCUAUCGCCCCGCAUAUGUCCGAAUCAUGCGACUCUAUUUGGAAGCGUUUGAGAGCGUCGCACUGAAUGAAAACCCGGACACGUCUCUAUUCUUCCCCUGGCAUCGCUAUUACCUGAAUCUCUAUGAAGACCUUCUCCGAGUGAUUGACAGGAGCGUCACCAUUCCGUACUGGGACUGGACUUUGACCCCCGACCGGCCGUACAGAAUCUCAAGUAUUCGAUCCCGUUUUCGGGUUUGGGAACAGUACGGAUAACGUCACCCACUGUGUCAAUUCCGGUCCGUUUCGAGAGGGGGUUUUUAGAACCUCCCCCCAAGCUGGUGAUGGGUGCGUGAAAAGAACGUAUCGAAAUUUCCCCUUUUUUAACCGUCAUCUUCUGGAUAGCACUCUCCUGGCACCGGCCACCUCUUUCACUCAGCUCCACUCGGCACUCCAGCUCUUUUUCCACUUUCAAAUCCGCUGUUUCAUCGGUGGGACAAUGUGCACGAACUUUGCCAGUGAAGAUCCGGUCUACUUGCUCCUACUGGCACAGCUGGACCGCCUCCUAGACGCCUGGCAGAGGCAGGACGAAGAGAGAGCUGCGGUGAGGUACAGUGACGACCCCUCGCCUCUGGUGCCUACACUGAACAGCGUAUCAGAAGAGCUCAAAGUGUCAGACUACAGCAGUAACAAAGAGCUUCCCUACGGGGUCUCAGUUUGCUACAGCGUCCCACCUCCUCCCUUACCUGCAGUCACGGCAGAGCCAGAGUAAACUAGUUACGUGCUAUUAUAUAACACCUACCAAUCAUCAUCGUCAUUGUAUACCUACCCAUGCACUCGUGUCACUCAGAAUCACUAACAAAUUAUCAUUGUGUUGGUAUAUAUAUUAUGCACUGAAGCUACCGAUUUUUACAUUUUGCCAUAUUUUGAGUGAGCUAUGAAGUCUAGAGUAGAUAUAGAUAUUAUCUCUGAAAAGAGACCUUUUGAAUAAAGGACACUUCUCUUGUAUCCCCCUGUCCACCCUAUUCCUAUAAUUUUACACCCACCAUGAGCUCAUUAACAUAAUGAUUUAACAUGA